UUUAGUUAUCUAGCUAGCAUCGUCCUCAAGGACGCACUUCUUCAACUCGGCCUGAGGAAGCCGUGACUAUGGCUGGGGAAUGGAUGGGUCGACUUCCUGAUAAGGCCAAAGAUGUGCCCUUUUUUAGGCUCGCAAUUCCAGGCACCCACGACUCUCUGAGUUACACGAUAAGCGCCAGCGCCCCAUUGGCGCCGGACUGUCCGACAGCCGUGCGAAAGAUGGAGAAAAUGUUCGGCGCGGUGACGCGGUCCAUCCUCUACAACUGGAGUGUAACGCAGCGAUUGAAAAUCAGCGAUCAAUUGCGUCACGGCAUUCGCUACCUGGACCUGAGAGUGGCCAUGCCCGUGGACGGCAGAGACAGAAACUCGCAACCGCUGGUCGUUCACCACCUUUGCGGAACCGAAAUCGGCCCCCUCUUGGCAGAGGUGGACGCAUUUCUCAGCGCGUUCGACCAAGAGGUCGUCGUCUUAGAUUUCCAGCACUUUUACAAUUUCACCUCGGACGAUCAUACUCAAUUUAUUAAGCACAUGCAAGGGCUCUUUGGCUCGCGCCUCUGCCCAUACUGGCCCGGCGCCCCUGAAGAAAUUACUCUUCGAUGGAUGCAGGCGCUUGGCCAUCAAAUAGUGCUUGUGUACCGAACGGACGACUUCCAAGGCGCCCCUGGUUUGUGGCCUGGCGAAGCCCUGCCUUCGCCAUGGCCCAACGUUCGCGAGCCCCGCGCCCUCAUCGGCUUUCUGGAACGCGGGCUGGUCGCGCGCGACAAGCGUCGGGGUCACGUUUCCCAGUGCGUGUUGACCCCGCGCACCACCACCGUCGUUCCCGCCGGCAUGUGCUCGAAUCUGCGCAGGGGUCUCGUCCGAAAGUGCAACCAGGCCGUCGUCCCAUGGCUCGGACGGCAAUCGGCUGGCACUGGAGGGAUCAACGUUGCGAUCGCUGAUUUUGUCGGAGUUGACGGAUGCGCUUUUGUUGAAACGAUUGUCCAACUCAAUUUCAAAAAGUUCUCAGAGAAAUCACGUUGAAAAUUAGACAACUAUUAUGUAUAUCGACGAUGAUCCCUUCCCGUCCGAGUUGUAUUUAAUAACCCUUUUGUGAUGAAAAAAGUCGUGCUUAGCAACGUUAAAAACGUUCCCAUAGCCAAAUCUUAUAGAAUUAUAAGGAAAAUGUGGUGAAAAAUUCAUAUCUCAAGUAAUUUUGUCACAAAAAGGAAUGAAACCUCCGCGCAUAAUAAUUUCAUUUUUCUAAUUUAUAUGUAAUUUCCCAGCAAAGGGGUAUGUCCUGGGAAAUUUUAGAGACAUGUGCUUUACAAACUAUAACACAAAACAGCCUGAUAGUCUAUAGGGAAAAAAUAUACUUUUGGAAAAUAUCGAAAAUAUAGAUGAAUUAUGAAAUUGGUCCAUUAAAAGUAUGGAUUGCAUGGCGACCAAGAUUUACAAUACAUGAUAAACUAGUCCACAUGAAACAUUUCCCACAGCAAUUAAAUUAAUUGGAAUGACCCAUGCAGGUUAAAAAUUUUGAUGUUGAACGGUUAAACUGCUAUUUAAAAAGAACCUUCCAUUAAGCAACAAAUUACAAAAAAGUAAAUAAAUGAAAAGUCGUCCAUGGCCCCUAUUUUUGUGAGCCCAUUUUCCUCUACAUGAUAAAAAAACUGAUCUCUCUGAUAUUAGUCCCUUUUGGGAUAAAUUAAACUAGUCAAAUGAUUAAGAAAAAAUAAUAAUAAUCUGAUUCUGCAGAGAAUUGCUCCACUUUUCCAUAAUAAUUACGCCGUUGGACUUAAGAAUGUGCCAAUUGAACCCACAUUCAUGCUCAGAACUACUCGGAAAGAAAUUUUUAAAUUUUAAUUUUAUUAAAUAAUUGUUGUGAUACUUUCAUUAUUAUAAUAUCUUUUAUUUAACUUAUAUAUAUGGAUAAUAAUUAUUUUCUUCUACUUGUAAUUUUAUUAAAAAAUGUUGAAGUGGUUUUUACUCUCAUUAUCAUUAUGCACAACUUGUAAAACAAAUUGACCUAUAUAGUACUUUUUUUCUGUUUUUGUAACGCGUAAUUCAACUGUGGAAGAAAUUUAAAUGUGUGCAUUGCAAAAUAAGUAUUCAAUAAAAUAUUAUCAGGAUUUUAUUAUUAUUCCGUCAAUAAAUUUUAAGUUAAAAAAAAUACAUGUUUGCGGCGUUUGUGCAAUAAUAUUGUACUGCUUCUAAAAUUACUUGGUAUAGUUGUUAUGCAGAUGCAAAAAAAAAACAUUCCAAAUAAAUAUAAUAUUGUAUUGUCCAGGUACUGUCUUGGUAUAAUUAUGCGUUCAGUGUUUUUCAUGUGCAAUGCGCAUUGCAUACAUGCAGUAUUUUGCAGUACUAGUAAUUUAUAGCUUAAUUGUGUUGUGAUUAUCGGUGAUUUCUAUGUAAAACUAGUUGAA